AUGAAUAAGAUCAAAGAAGAAGAAGGAAAUGCAUUGCAUUGCGUCCAACAACUUCUAGAAAAUGGAUAUACGGUGAGAGGUACGGUACGAAAUUUACAAAAUUCAUCUAAGAUUAGUCCAUUACGUGAUCUGAAGUAUAGUUCGGAAAGAUUGGAAUUGGUGGAAGCUGAUCUUGAAUGUUCAGAUGAUUGGCCUAGAGCAGUUGAAGGUUGUACCUAUAUUAUGCAUAUUGCAUCACCCUGGCCUAUUGUGGCUGAUGAAACAAUUAUAAAAACGGCCAGGGAUGGUACUUUAAAUGUAUUAAAAGCCGCUGCUCGAUGUAGUACCAUCCAGAAAAUUGUAUUAACAAGUAGUUCAUCUGCUAUAAACGAUGGCUAUAAAACUGAUGCACGAAUUUUUGAUGAAAGUUGUUGGGGUGAUUUGAAUAGUGGACGAAUUGAAAAUUAUGGUCGUUCGAAAGUAAUUGCCGAAAAAGCUGCGUGGGAUUUUUGGAAAUCACUACCAGAAGAGUCACGAUUUCAAUUAACUGUUCUAAAUCCGUCAUUUGUUGUUGGUCCGGUACUAUCGGAUCAGAGACAUGGAAGCGCUAGAAUAAUUAGACGAAUGAUGGAUUAUCAUACUUUUCCCGCAGCACCAAAAGUUUCACUUGGCAUGGUUGAUGUACGCGAUGUUGCACGAGCACAUAUACGAGCAAUGGAAUGCGCAAAUUGUAACGGUUUUCUAAUUUCGUUAAUGACAACACCAAAAUGGUUAGCAAAGUUAUACGCUAAAGUAACGUGUGAUCCACAUUUUGAAGCGGUAAAAUAUCGUUUUGGACCAGAAUUACGUUUUAAUAAUACAAAGUCAAAGCAACUUCUUCAAAUGGAAUAUAUGCCAAUCAAGAAAUCAGUGAUUGAUAUGGUUUACAGUAUGUUGGAUUAUGGCAUCAUUGUUAAAAAGAAAAAUUUGGAAAAAAAGAAAAAUGGUGAUUGUAAAAUUAACAUUACUGAUUAUCCAACUACUGAUAAUAUUAAUUUGGCUGACAAAAUUUAUUAA